UCGUGUCUUUUCCCCCUAAAAUGAGAGACAACAGCGCCUCGUGUGACGUGAAGUGGAACUGCAGCCUGACAUCAUUGUCUCCAUACACCUCUAAACUCCCUGUCAAUCAAACACCAAGCACUCCCUCAGACUGCAACGGCCCAGCAGUGGUCUUGGGGAGGAUUGUGGGUGGGACCGUGGCUCAGCAGAAUCAGUGGGUGUGGCAGGCCAGUCUGCAGUGGAGGGGCCAGCAUGUGUGUGGGGGGGCGAUAAUCACUCCAACCUGGGUCAUUACUGCUGCCCACUGCUUCAUUGAGUAUGACUUGCUGCUGGCAGCUGAUUGGCAGGUUGUGGUCGAUACACUCGUCAUCUCUGAUGUGUCACACGGUCAGCGCUACGACACACUCCGCAUAUACACACACCCCAAAUACUCACAACAAACCAACGACUAUGACCUCGGCCUGCUGCUCACAGACACUGACAUCAGGAUGGGGGACAGUGUACGCCCUGUGUGCUUGCCGAUUGUUGGUCAGACGUUCCCUGUUGGUUCAACCUGCUGGGUGACUGGAUGGGGCUUUACGCAUGAAAGAGGUUCAGUGUCCCCUCAGCUCAGACAGGCGCAGGUUCACAUUAUUGAUCAGACGUUGUGCUCCGACUCCUCAGUCUACGGUUCCUACAUCACUCCCAGAAUGCUUUGCGCCGGGGAGAUGGAGGGCGGAGUCGAUGCCUGCCAGGGGGACAGCGGGGGCCCCCUGGUGUGUAAGACAGCUGAUGGGGACUGGCGGUUGGCGGGCGUGGUCAGUUGGGGUGACGGAUGUGCGCGACAGAAUAAACCUGGAGUUUACAUGCGAGUGACAUCAUUAAUUCCGUGGAUUAAACAACACAUACAGGAUGCCGGGGUGAGCGGACCCGUGGACGUUUACACCGAAAGCACAGUGGAGCCUUAUUCAUCUCUAUAACUGUGUACAUGUGUUAUUAACAUGUUAUAAUCAGGUUUAACAUGCUGUGUGAAGUGGAACAGUAGGAGUGCCGUGCCCUGAACACUGCCACAGCCAGACCAUACGUUCACAUCUGUUUAUUCAGAGAGGAUGUAAUAAUAAUAUUAAUGAUGUCAGGUGAUGUCCCUGAGACGCCCCAGGUGUC